AUGAAGACCUCCACCUCGAUCCGCCUUGCCGCCGCCGGCGUCAUCAGCCUCGCCUCCAUGGCUCAGGCUCAGUCCGUCUGCGCCAUCAACUGCUUCCAGGGCGUCAUCACCGAUCACCCCCCUCUGGACUGCACUGAGGCGAACAUGUACCUGUGCUUCUGCAAGCGCUCCAACCUCCAGAACUGGUUCGCCGAGUGCAUCUGGGACGAGUGCGGUAGCCAGUCCGAGGCCGCCAUCGCCUUUGGCGUGAACCUGUGCGCUGACUACGGCAUCACCAUCACUCCUCCCACCAAGCCCGAGGAGCAGCCCACCACCACCAAGGCCGAGCCCAAGCCUACCACCCAGGCCGAGGAGGAACCCGAGUCGACCCAGGCUGAGGAGGAGCCCGAGUCCACCCAGGCCGAGACCCAGCCCACUUCCACCAAGGCUGAGGAGCAGCCUGAGGAGACCCAGGCCGAGGAGACUGAGGCUGAGGAGACCCAGCCCGCCGAGGAGACCAAGGCUACCACUGCUGCCGCUCCUGCCGAGACCUCUGCCGAGACCGAGAAGCCUGCUGCUCCCAAGCCCACCACCGUUGUCGUCAAGCCCUCGCACGCCGACAACACCACCGUCGUCAGCCCCACCAACCCUCCUACUGUUGUCAACAUGGGUGCUUCCAACGCUGCCUCUGGCAUCCUGGCUGCUGCCGGUCUUGCCGUCGCUGCCUUCCAGCUUCUGUAA